AUGGCUGGGCAGUACGACUUUGCGGCGCUGGACGCCGAAUUCUCCGCCGACUUUGCUGCCGCCGAGCCCUCCGGCAGCUUCUUCGACCAGGUGGGGGCGGACGCGGAGUUUGCUUCCGCGCUGCUGGAGUUCACGACGGUGGGGGACGGUGCCUGGGGCGCACCAGAGGCAUGGGCUGGGGCGCCGAUGGGCGUCGGCGCGGAUGCUGAGAUGCUCCGCGCCUUGCCUGCUGCGCUCGAGGACCUCCCCCCCGUCGUCGCCGGGUCUGCUGACCAACUCCCCCCCACCUGGGGUGCUCCUCUCUUCCCCGUUGCGCCUGCUGCUGCUGCCCCCGUCGCCGCGCAGCCCCUCCUGGCCCCCGUCGCCCCCCUCAACCCCCCCGCUUACGCCCCCGACGCCCUCCUCCUCGCCCAGAUCCCCGUCGGCACCCCCGACGGCGAUGCGCUGUAUGCGCCCAUCACGACGUCGGCCUUCUCCUCUGGCGCCGACGCCCGCGCCUACCGCCGCCGCGCCCGCAUCCCGGCCAAGGCCAACGCCCCCGACGUGCUGCGCGUCAAGUCGUUUGGGCGCGACUACUGGGUGGUGCGGAUCUACAACGCGAUGAUCGACCGCAGCAGCAUCAACGACGGCGUGACGUCGGUGAACCGCACGCGGUUCACCACCACCGCCGCCUUCGAAGCCCUCGACCUCGAGGCCGCCGCCCACCACGUCUUCGACGCCGCCAUCGCCGUCCACGAGCGCGGCUUCAACCGCCCACGCAUCUACCACAAGAACGCCGUGCGCGGCAAGCUGGUCGACAAGGAGACCAGUGUCGAGUUGCGCCUGAGCAACAUCUGCGCGCUGCUGAAGAACAACAAGAGCGCGGUCGACGACGCGGUGCGCGGCGGCGUGACGCUGGCGCUGCUGUGCGACAACCCCGUGCUGCGCGCCGCCACCAAGGACUCCAACAACACCGGCAACGCGGCCAAGGCCGAGCGCCUCAAGAACGCGGCCAAGGCUGCGAAGACGCGCGAGCGCAACCAGCGCGCCAAAGCCAAGGAGAAGGCGCGCAAGGACAAGGCCAAGGCCAAGGAGAAGAUGAGGAAGGAGAAGGAGAGGGCGCGCAAGGCGAAGGCGAUGCAGAAGGAUAAGCUCAAGAAGGCCAAGCUGAGGGCGAAGGACAAGGCUCGCAAAGACAAGGCCCGGGAGAAGCUCAAGAAGGAGAAGGAGAAGGCCAAGAUGAAGAAGCAGAGGCAGGCGCGUGGAGAGCCGGAGCCCGAGUCUGAGCCUGAGUCUGAGUCUGAAGAAGAGCCUGAGUCUGAGGAGGAGCCUGAGUCUGAGCCUGAGCCGGAGUCCGAGUCUGAGCCUGAAUCUGAGGAGGAGCCUGAGUCCGAGGAGUCUGAUAUCGAGGAGGAGAACGAGGAGGUGGGUGAGAAUGAGGCCGAGGAGAUUGAGGCUGAGGAGAUUGAGGCCGAAGUCGAGACUGAGAAUGUCGAGACGCAGGAGAUCGAGACGCAGGAGAUCUAA